AUGGACUCAAUAAAUGGUGACAGGCAGUUUGAACAAACAAGCAACGUGUCAGUGUAUACAAAAAUCAUAGUUGCCUUGGCAUCUACAUUCUGCAAUUUUUUAAUUCAGUGUAUCUUCUACAGUUCCCUCACAGUCAUAAAAGAAUUUCAGGAAGAACGCAACUCGGAAGAAAAUGAAGACGUGCAACUAACAAUUGCAGGCUUGAUGUACAGUAUUUUUUUGAAAGAAGAAAACAACCACCGGUUCACAAUUGUUGGGUCCAUUCUGACUGCAUCCAGUCUUUUUUUAAGUUCAUUUCAAACCAACCAAACUGAAUUUAUAACCAUUUUUUGUGUGCUGACAGGAUUUGGUCUGGGUGCCAUAUACAUAUCCUCUUUAAAGGCUCUGUUAAUCGUCUUUAAAAAUAAUUGUAAAUUAAUGCUUGCAUUUGUUAUCGCAGCUUCAGAAAUAUCUUUCUUUGUCUUCGACCUGAUACUUUCUAAAUUAAUAUUACACUACGGUUGGAACGGCACAAAUCAGUUGUUGGCAGCCAUUGUACUAAACUGUUUGAUUUGUGGUUACUUUUUUAAAGUAGAAACUAGAAAAGAAACAAUGGUAAGUUUGAAGGAACAAUCUAGUUUGAAAAGCUAUGAUUCAGCUGAUAGUUGUGAUUACGACGAAGCAGUGCCACCAUCUUAUAUCAUGCAAAAAAUCAUAGAUGACAAAGAUAGACAGCAGUUUGAUUCGUCGGGUUCAUUGGAUGGGUACAUCAUAACGAAUGAUAAUGAAAUAAUACCGCCUCCAUUUCAGCGCACUACUUCCAAGAACUCCAUCGGCUAUUCAUCGUGUGCCUCACAUUUUGACGUAGAAAAUUCGGAAAUGAAGAGCACUGUAGACGCUUUCAAUGUCUACCUGCAGAAAAACGUUGACCCGGCUAAAAAGUUUGUUCAUUACAAAUACGGGAAUAAGGUAUUACGACUAACUUACAAUAUGGAGUACAAGUCUUUUACUGUAUUAAAUGGAGAAAAUAGAAAAGGCUUAUAUCCCUCCAUGAUAUUUAUGACCACAUAUUUUUUAAACGAAGAUAUGACAUUCUCACAAACAGUUACAAUCGUUAAAUUUAUGAUAGCCAUGAAGAUUUUAGUGAAACUUCCACUCGGAAUUCUCAGCAGCAUUCCUAAACUGUACGGCCUGACACUGUAUAGUGUUCUUCUUUUAAUGUUAAGUAUAGUUUUGUUUGUUCUGCCAUGGUUAACUACUUUCAAUGCAUUCAUCAUACACGCAAUGGUAAUGGGAUCUAUAAUAGUCAGUAAUAGAGCAAAAUUUGUAAACAUAGGUGCUCAAACUCUAUUGAAGUUAUAUCUUCUGAUCGACAUGUAUGGGCCCGAUAACUUUGUCCCAGCGCUUGGAUUGUUAUCGUUCUUUGAAGGGAUCAGUUCUUUCAUCGGACCACUUCUAUCUAAGUUACUGGACGAAAAGAUUGAAAACUUCAUAGAGAUAUUCUCAACUGCCGCUGGCCUGAUACUUUUCAGUUCAUUAAUCAGUCUUCUUCUCAGACAGAAACCCCACCCAUGCUUAAAAUGUAAGUAA